AUGGACAAUACCGAUACCAGUACCAAUGGAAUCCCCAUACAUACGGCGCGUCGUCGGAGCACUUCACGAGCAAACGCUCGCCCCAGCCAGGAUGGGUCUCAUCGCCCUAUGUAUAGGCGGGAUUCCAAUAUUUCCACGUACAGUUUUCUUGACGAGGUCGAGAUGGCACAGGAUGAGAUGUUCUCGGGCCCCAUGGGCGAGAGUGUCCCGACCAGCGUCUCAUCCUUCGCGCAUCGUCGAGGGAGAGCAGACUCGACUACAAGCUUCACAUAUUACCAGGAGGAUGAGGAACAGGAACUCUCCCAGUCUGCCGAAGAAGACAGUGCAAUAUUGGAUGACGAGUCAGAGUUGGAUUUCGAAGAGGAUGGAUCUGUCGACCUCGAAACUGGCAAUGUAGAGAUGAGGAGGACAUCCUCCGGGCAUUCGAGAGCCUCUGUGCAUGAUCGCCUCCUGCGAAGUGACAGUGCAAGGACAGAUGGAAGUAAUCUCGAGCGCGGCCAUCGUACAAGCCAGAAGAUAUAUAUUGUCACGGAAGACUUGACUAUCGUGGUUGCUGGGUUUCGAACAUCGACGCUGGGGUUUGCUGUGUACACAACGAUUUGUGUACUUACGCUUGGUCUUGGGUAUCUGCUCUUUCGUUGGCUACCUCGGUGGCAAGUGCGCAUUAUUGGCACACCCUGCUCUUUGGGUUCUUGCAAUUGGAUAGUAAUUGAGAAUCAAUGGGGGGAAUUUGUCGUUCAAGAGGUAGAAUCGAAAGAAUAUGGCCGUUCAUUGUCAACUGUCUUCGGAUUGUCUGAAAAGAAGUAUGCUCUUUCAUAUGACGAGGAUGAUGAUCCAGUCCUUGAGGACCUUCGAAUUCUUGACUAUCGAUAUCUGCGCUUUUCAUACCACCCCUUGAAAGAUAAAUUCGUCCUUACCAAUAGCUGGAAAGACCCAGCUUGGACAGAUGUGAAAUCCAUUCGCGCUGGUAUAGAUGGAGACGAGAAAGCAAAUCGAGAGCUUGUCUUUGGCAAAAACUUAAUUGAUAUCAAACAAAAGACGAUUCCCCAGCUCCUUCUUGACGAGGCAUUCCAUCCUUUUUACGUAUUCCAGAUUGCCAGUCUGAUCCUCUGGUCUCUCGAUCAAUACUAUUACUAUGCAGCCUGUAUAUUUCUCAUAUCAGCUGUGAGCAUUAUCACCACUCUCAUAGAGACACGCGCUACAAUGAAAAGACUCCGUGAGAUAUCGAGGUUUGAAUGUGACAUUCGUGUUCUGCGCAAUUCAUUCUGGCGUUACGUUCCUUCCAGCGAACUUGUCCCAGGAGACGUCUAUGAAGUCACAGAUCCUUCUUUGACCCAAUUUCCUUGUGACAGUAUACUCCUGGCUGGCGAUUGCAUAGUGAAUGAAAGCAUGCUUACAGGCGAGUCUGUACCUGUUUCGAAAGUGCCAGCCAACGAUGAUUCUUUACGGCUUCUCGAUCUGGCCGCCUCUUCAAUGGCACCCGAACUGUCAAGACAUUUCUUAUUCUGUGGGACCAAGAUAGUCCGUGCAAGACGCCCUCAAGACGACAAAGAUGACGAGGCUGUUGCCCUCGCUAUGACUGUGAGAACCGGCUUCAACACAACAAAAGGCGCGCUAGUUCGAUCAAUGCUUUUCCCUAAACCAUCUGGCUUCAAAUUUUACAGGGAUUCCUUCCGGUAUAUAUCAGUCAUGGGAGGAAUUGCAAUGCUUGGCUUCUUAGCUUCUUUCGUCAACUUCGUGAGGCUGGAGCUUGCAUGGCAUUUGAUUAUAGUUCGAGCUCUGGACCUGAUAACAAUUGUAGUUCCACCAGCACUUCCGGCUACUCUAACCAUUGGUACCAACUUUGCUCUUUCCCGCCUACGAAAGAAACAGAUAUUUUGCAUCAGCCCCCAGCGAGUCAAUGUUGGCGGUAAACUCGAUAUCGUUUGUUUCGACAAGACUGGGACACUUACUGAAGAUGGGUUGGAUGUACUUGGUGUACGAGUGGCGCAGCGGCCCUCUAAUAGAUUCAGCGAUAUCCUGUCAGAUGCGCUAUCGUUGCUUCCUGGUGCAGCCUAUGAGCGCGAUCCUACUGUCGAAUAUGACGCACAUAAGGCCGCUCUAUAUACCAUGGCAACCUGCCAUUCUCUCAGAGUUGUUGAUGGCGAACUUGUUGGUGAUCCUUUAGAUCUGAAAAUGUUCAAUUUCACAGGAUGGUCAUUCGAAGAAGGCGAGCAGAGAGCUGUCGAUGAGGAUGAGGAACAAGGAGGCUUAUCGCCAUCCAUUGCAAGACCUCCGGCUGGGAUGGAAUACGAUCUAGACGACAACGAUGCCCAACAACAUGCGAAUAGAUCUCCAAUUGAGCUUGGAGUCCUGAAAUCCUUUGAAUUCGUGUCUCAGCUUCGCAGGGCCAGCGUUAUUGUUCGGAACUUCGGCUCUCCGGGCUGUGAUAUAUACGUCAAGGGGGCACCUGAGUGUAUGAAAGAUAUAUGCAAUGCGGAAAGCUUUCCUGGUGAUUAUGAAGAACUUCUCGCGUACUAUACUCAUCGAGGAUUUCGAGUCAUCGCCUGUGCCACCAAGCACAUCAAAAGGCUGAACUGGGUGAAAGUCCAGAAGAUGAAGCGAGAAGAAGCUGAAUCUGGCUUGGAUUUCCUCGGCUUCAUUGUAUUUGAAAAUAAACUGAAGCCGAGCACUGCUGGAGUCUUGGAUGAACUUAGUGAAGCUGGCAUUAGGAAAGUAAUGUGCACAGGAGAUAACAUCCUGACCGCCAUCAGUGUGGCAAGAGAGUGCAACCUCAUUGACAAAAGCGCACAUUGUUUCGUGCCACACUUUUCCGAAGGAAAUUUCCAGGACCCACAAGCUAGACUUUCAUGGGAGAGUAUAGACAACAACAUUUUCACGCUCGAUGAGCGGACCCUUACGCCACUCCCGCCGCCUGCAGAUGGUGACGCAUCUCUACCCUACGAUAUUUCCAAUCUGAGGAAUUAUUCGUUGGCUGUCAGUGGCGAUGUAUUUCGCUGGAUUGUCGAUUACGCCCCUCCAGAAGUGUUGCAGCGGAUGCUGGUUUGUGGGCAGGUGUUCGCUCGCAUGUCGCCUGACGAGAAACAUGAGUUGGUCGAAAAGCUUCAAAGCAUCGAUUACUGCUGCGGGUUUUGCGGUGAUGGAGCUAACGACUGUGGGGCCUUGAAGGCUGCAGAUGUUGGGAUUUCACUCUCAGAAGCAGAAGCCUCCGUUGCGGCACCCUUUACGAGUCGAGUGUUUGAUAUUACUUGUGUUCCAGAGGUCAUCCGGGAAGGACGAGCCGCACUGGUCACAAGCUUCAGCUGCUUCAAAUACAUGAGUCUUUACUCGGCCAUUCAGUUUACAUCUGUCAGCUUCCUGUAUGCAUCCGCAUCAAACCUGGGUGACUUUCAGUUUCUCUUUAUUGAUCUACUCUUGAUCCUUCCGAUAGCUAUUUUCAUGGGGUGGACUGGUCCCUUUCCUGUUCUGUGUCGCAAACGACCAACCGCAAACCUGGUGUCAAGAAAAGUGUUGACUCCCCUACUGGGGCAGAUCGCUAUUUGCAUCUUGAUCCAGGCUGUGAGUUUCCAGGCCGUCCAGAGACAACCUUGGUUUAUCCCACCUCACCUGGACCGAGAAAAAUCCAAUGUCGAGAAUUCCGAGAACACCACAUUAUUCUUAGUUUCCUGCUACGAGUACAUCCUAUCGGGUAUAGUCUUGAGUGUUGGACCACCGUUUCGCCGAUCAAUGGCACAUAAUCUGCCAUUCGUCGUUACCAUCGUAGUGACGCUACUCUUUUCCUCGUACAUGCUCUUCGAUCCUUCGGAGUGGUUGUCGAACUUCAUGCAGUUGACGGACUUGAGUUGGGAUUUUAAGACCUUCAUCCUCGCCCUCGGCUUUGGCUACAUUGCAGUGGCAUGGACGUCGGAGCAUUACCUUUUACCACGGCUCGCCAAAUACUUGGGCGCUCUUAAGACACGCUUUAGCAGGCAGCCGAAGAAGCGCAAAGAGUACAAAGUCAUCCUCGAGGCGAUGCGCAGCUUACAGUGA